AUAACUUUACUUAAUUUGAUUAUUUAUAAAAUUGAUAAAUUCAAAAUAGGAGUUUUUGUGUGUUGUUGAGUCAUCCUUGUCCUCCGUAUUUGUGUAAUAUGCACAUUGGCCAGAAACGCAGAAACAUAACCUUAUCCGCUCCUUUUUCAGCAAAAAACAAUGGCUACGGUUGGAGGCAUUUCCGGCGAGAAGGGGUUCCAAAACAGCCUAGAUGUCGAAGCUCUUGCUCAGUUUGCCGUCUCCGAGCAGAAUAAGAAAGAGAAUUCCAACUUGAAGUUUGAGAAAGUGGUGAGUUUGAAGCAGCAGGUGGUCGCUGGGACGAUUCACCAUAUAACGCUGGAGGCAACUGAUAAGGAUAGUAAUCACAAAAAGGUUUAUGAAGCUAAAGUCUGGGAGAAGGCAUGGAUGAACUUCAAGGAAUUGCAAGAUUUCAAAGCUAUUGGUGAUGCCCCUACUUCUUCUUAGCUUAACGCUUUGCUACUAAAACCAUUUUUUGGAGUGGUGGUAGUAAUUAUCUUGGACAAUAAAGUCUGUUGUUGGUGUUAUGUUAUUAACUUGUUACUAUUCCAAGUAAUAGUAAUAGUAAUAAAUAAACAUUUUAAAGAGAUUAUGUAUCAAUGUAUGAACCAUGAUGAUCAAUAGUAUAACAUUGAUGAUUUAAUGGCUGUCUAUCCAGUUUCACAUCUUAGAUGGUGUGUGUUUUAUGCCUUGUAAUGCAAUCC